AUGUCUCGCAGAUUUGAUUUAAAGACGAUUACUGAUCUUUCCGUCCUAGUCGGGACUGGGAUAUCAUUAUAUUAUUUAGUUAGUCGACUACUCAACGAUGUCGAAUCAGGACCAUUGUCCGGUAAAUCAAAAGAAUCAAAGGCCAAACAAUCCUUACAAUGGGAAAAAUUGGUGAAAAGAUCACCGGCAUUGGCAGAGGUAACACUAGAUGCAUAUGAAAGGACUAUACUAUCUUCCAUUGUCACGCCGGAAGAAAUAAAUAUUACAUUCCAGGAUAUUGGUGGUUUAGACCCGCUUAUUUCAGAUUUGCAUGAAAGCGUUAUAUAUCCCUUGAUGAUGCCAGAAGUAUACUCUAAUAGCCCUUUACUCCAAGCACCUAGUGGGGUCUUGCUAUAUGGGCCUCCAGGAUGUGGUAAAACAAUGUUGGCGAAGGCUCUAGCCAAAGAAAGUGGUGCUAACUUUAUCUCAAUAAGAAUGUCGUCUAUAAUGGAUAAAUGGUACGGCGAAUCAAACAAAAUAGUCGAUGCAAUGUUCUCAUUGGCGAAUAAGUUACAACCUUGUAUAAUAUUCAUUGACGAAAUUGAUUCAUUCCUAAGAGAACGGUCUUCUACAGACCAUGAAGUUACUGCAACCUUAAAAGCUGAAUUUAUGACUCUAUGGGAUGGUUUAUUGAAUAAUGGAAGGGUUAUGAUUAUCGGUGCUACUAAUCGGAUAAAUGACAUAGAUGAUGCAUUUUUAAGGAGAUUGCCAAAAAGGUUUCUUGUUUCUUUACCUGGUUCUGACCAACGUUAUAAAAUAUUAAGUGUUCUAUUGAAAGAAACUAAACUUGACGAAGACGAUUUCGAUUUGCAACUAAUUGCGGACAAUACCAAAGGAUUUUCGGGGUCUGACUUGAAAGAGCUUUGUAGAGAGGCGGCCUUAGAUGCAGCAAAGGAGUAUAUAAAACAGAAAAGGCAACUCAUCGAUAGUGGUACAAUCGAUGUUAACGAUAAUUCUUCUUUGAAGAUCAGACCAUUAAAAACAAAAGAUUUUACAAAAAAAUUAAGGAUGGAUGCUACGAGUACAUUGUCAUCUCAACCACUUGAUUAA